AUGACUCGCCACAAAAAGACAGCACGAAAGUCCAACCCUCCAGUCAAGUUGGAAGGCACAAACCUCUUGAUACACCCAAAGUACAAUGAUCAGACGGCUGAUUGCGUCUUGAUUAGCUCGGAUGGCUAUAUAUUCUUUGUCGCUUCUCACUUCGUUCUCAGUGCGAGAAUCGAAUUCGUCGAUAGUCAGAUCGAACAUUCCAGUAUCAUCUAUUUCUUCCUGGACCUUGCGACGGGUACGGAUGAAACGAAGUCUUACGACGACCCCUACGAGAUUUCCAACCUGCUUGAAUUCUGCCGCAAGUGGAUAGUCUCAAAUACCAUCCGUCAAGCUGCUCUUGGGAAGCUCUUGGCAUUCGAAGACCUAGGCGACAUGGUCUUUGCUUUCGUCCUCGCUCUCAAACACGACGCGAAAGAUCUGGCCAUGAAGCUUCUACCUCAGCUUGAAAAAUGCACUUGGUCUAGUGAUCAGGAUGGAGGUAUCGUCAUUGAUAAACAUGUCUUGGACCCGAUCUACAUGCCACCAGGCUAUUUUCAGUGCUUACCUAGAUUGUACGUCUGGUGUCUCGGCAGAGCAGCUCGAGAAUGGAUGGAAGAUGGAGGGAGUUUCAAGGACAUGUUGGAGGAUGCGAUCUUAAUCUGGAACGAGCAGAAGCCAGGGCGAUACCCCAAUUACUAUCCUGAUCUCGUAGUUAACGACGAAGACGCAUAA